GAGAGGCGGAGAGAGCAGCCCUGGGCUAACUUGAAAGCUGCGUCCGGGUGCCAGGGGCCACUUGGAGGCGCCGAUCAGCUCAUUUCACAGAAACGCUUAAGGAUUCGUGUGCCCAAACAGCUCGGUCAACUUUUCGCUUUUUGCGGGGCGGGAAGUUCAUGGACAGUGAGAAUCCUGCGCUCUGCUCUCGUGUGCAGUUCUGAGGGCUUUUCAGCGAGAGAGGCGCGGCUUCGAUUCCUCGGGGUUCCUAAGCCCCAAGGCUAGAGUGAGGAGGGCCGCUCGCUGGUCGGGACAGCUUAGAUCUUGGGAGACUUCAUUAUUUCCGCCCCACCCCACCCCUUUGGGUAAUCCUGGGGAGAGGGGGUGGCUGGGUUGAAUCCGUGAAAUACUGUAUUCCUGGAGUGACAAUGUGGGCCGACCCGCUAUUUUGAGUCCACUUAGUGCGAGUUGGGUGAACCAGAGUAGAUUUGAGCUGGGGGGCGGGGAUUUAAUUUUGGGGGAGGCUUUAUUUCGAGGGAAUCUGCUCACGAUCGGAUUCUCAGCCGUGACCAAAAGGCCUCGGGGCGGUCCCUGCUCGGCCAGCGCGGCCUGCGGGGGGGUGCUUCUGGGCGCGGCGGGGGCGCACGGACCCUGGGACCUGCCCUCUGCAGGGCCGCCGGGUUUCGAGACCUCCGCCGGGUUUUGAGAACUCUGCGUCCCUCAGACUUGUUGCCUGCGUGGGAAGAAGUGUGCUUGGAGAGAUUGGCUUAUCUUGGGAGCUACGGGACGUUUCUCAUCUUGAAGACUGAGUGACUAUUGACAUCAGCCAUGUCCUCAAGGCCUUUUGAAAGUCCACCUCCAUAUAGACCUGACGAAUUCAGACCCAAUCAUUAUGCACCAAGUAAUGACGUGUAUGGUGGAGAGAUGCAUGUUCGACCAAUGCUGUCUCACACGGCGUAUUCUUUCUACCCAGAAGAUGAAAUUCUUCAUUUCUACAAAUGGACCUCUCCUCCAGGAGUGAUUCGGAUUCUAUCUAUGCUUAUUAUCGUGAUGUGCAUUGCCAUAUUUGCCUGUGUUGCCUCCACACUUGCCUGGGACAGAGCCUAUGGGACCAAUGUAAUAGGAAGUGGUUUAGGCUACCCUUAUGGAGGAAUUUAUGGAAAUGGCUAUGGUUAUGGCUACGGUUAUGGCUAUGGAGGCUAUACAGAUCCAAGAGCGGCAAAGGGCUUCCUAUUGGCUAUGGCUGCCUUUUGUUUCAUUGCUGCGUUGGUGAUAUUUAUUACCAGUGUUAUAAGAUCUGAAAUAUCUAGAACAAGAUGGUAUUACCUGACCGUGAUAAUAGUGAGUGCUAUCCUGGGCUCCCUGGUGUUUAUUGCCACAAUCGUCUACAUAAUGGGAGUCAACCCAGCUGCCCAGACUUCUGGGUCUUUAUACGGCUCACAAAUUAUUGCCCUCUGCAACCAGUUUUAUACAUCUUCAGCUUCUGGACUCUACAUGGAUACAUAUUUAUAUCACUACUGUGUGGUGGAUCCUCAGGAGGCCAUUGCCAUUGUACUGGGGUUCAUGGUUAUUGUGGCUUUUGCUUUAAUAAUUUUCUUUGCUGUGAAAACUCGAAGAAAGAUGGACCAGUAUGACAAGUCAAACAUUUUGUGGGAAAAGGAACGUAUUUAUGAUGAGCAGCCCCCUAAUGUCGAAGAGUGGGUUAAAAACGUUUCUGCCGGCACACAAGACAUGCCUCCUCCCCCUUCUGACUAUGUGGAGAGGGUAUACAGCCCCACGGCCUACUCUUCCAAUGGUAAAGUGAAUGACAAGCGGUCGUAUCCAGAGUCUUCCUACAAAUCAACACCGGUGCCCGAAGUGGUUCAGGAGCUUCCAGUGACUUCACCUGUGGAUGACUUCAGGCAGCCUCACUACAGCAGCAGUGGUAACUUGGAAACACCUUCAAAAAGGCCUCCCACAAAGAAAAGAGCAGGAAAGUCAAGGAGACCAGAGCAAGACCACUAUGAAACAGACUACACAACUGGCGGCGAGUCCUGUGAUGAACUGGAGGAGGACUGGAUCAGAGAAUAUCCACCUAUCACUUCAGAUCAACAAAGACAGCUCUAUAAGAGAAAUUUUGACACUGGCCUGCAGGAAUACAAGCUCUUACAAGCAGAACUUGAUGACAUCAACAAAGAACUCUCCCGUCUGGAUAAAGAACUGGAUGACUAUAGAGAAGAAAGUGAAGAGUACAUGGCUGCUGCUGAUGAAUACAAUAGACUGAAGCAAGUUAAGGGAUCUGCAGAUUACAAAAAUAAGAGGAAUUACUGCAAGCAGUUGAAGAGUAAAUUGUCACACAUCAAGAAGAUGGUUGGAGAUUAUGAUAGACAGAAAACGUAGAAGGCAGAUGCCACAUUGAGAGAUUAAGAAGUAUCUGACAUCUCUGCAAUGUUCUCAGAAGGCAAAAUGACUUUGGACCCUAACCCGGGAGGCCAGACCUUUGUGAUCAUUACAAAGUUUUGGUAGCUUUAAUAUCAUCAGUUUAUUAUCAUCAGUAUUUGAAACAUUUUAUAAAUAGCUUUUGAUAAUCAACUGAGAUGAAAACUCCAAUUAAGGAUUUUAUGCUUUAAACAUUGGUUCCUGAUUAAAAAUUGAGGUUUUUAAACCUUUAAGGAAGGUCCUUGAGUGGAUUGUGCUGUGACCUUUCACACCUUAGGCAGAUAGGGCUUAGUGCUUCAUUAGUUCCAGUCAGUGAUCUCACUUAAUCCUCCCAGAAUUCUCCCUUCAGAUAACUGUUACUUAUAAGCUUUUUUUUUUUUUUUUUUUCCCAGAUAAGGAAACUGGGUCCCUCAAUGACAUGAAGCUGCUUGUUUUCUAACUUGCAGUUUUGGUUAAGUCUGUUUUAUGACUUCAUUAAUUAAGUUCCUGGCCUUUCAUAUUUGAACUACUAUGGAUAUUGCAUUUUACCAAACUCCCUAAAGAUUUUUUUUCUGUAUACAAAUGAUUAAAAGAGCUUUUUAUCGUUUUAUGUUAUCUCAGUAAUAAAGAUCAUGUAAAAGCAACAAAUUGAAAUUUAAAGAUUAUCAAUAUAUAUUUGCUUUUUAAAAAUCAAAAUUUAAACCUAUUGGUUAGAAUUUUCUUGUAUAUUUUAAAAUACUUUUUUACUCUUUUAUGGUUUACACGCUUUUUUAAAAAAAAACUAGGCUAUUUCAUUAUAUCAGAAUAUCCAAUUACAUGUAUAAUUUACUUGUGACUUGAAAUGUAUCUUACAGGAAUGUUCAAGUUCUGUACAUAUUUUAUAAGGUAUUAAACCAAGUGUGUUCUUUCUAUAAUAUACCUGUUUGAUGUAAUUAGUGCUGUUAAUUUUAAGCUGUACAAAACUACAUUCAGCAGUUUUAUGUUACUGUUUUCAACUAUUUUGGGUGCUGUGCUGAUUGCUUGUUUCCCAGUCCUUUAGCUGAAGGCCGAUUUGUCUAGAAGUAGAAAAUACAAUACCACACAACACCAAAUUAUUUCAAAUUGUGCCCUUAAAUAUUAGCACUUUUUUUUAAUUGACAUUUUUAUUAGUAAAGUAAAAUUAGCUGAUAAUACUGGGCAUAACACUAGCCAAGUCAAUUGAUUAUUCCCCUAGUUUAGAAUUCUUCUUUUAUGAAAAUUUUCGAAGAAUAAUCUUUAAUCAUUAGUACGCAAUUCGGACACUUAAGUAUGUCAACAUAAGGAACAUACAAACCCGAAGAGAAUUAUAUAUAAGUUUAUUUGAGCCAAACUGACAACAUGCCAGGAAACAAGAUCUCAAAUGCUCCAAGAAUGACAGCUUUGCAAUUUCUUUUAUAUAUUUAGAAUUAAGGAAAGAACAUAAGGAAAAUUAUAUGAAGGUGGGUUUGUUAACUUAAGUGCUUAAGUCAAAGAUAAACCUUUUACUAGAGAAGUUAUAUGCCUUGUACAUGACUACCCACCAUGACCUGCCUGGUUGGGAAUUUUUGAUGAGCAUUGGACUUGUCAGAUUUAUUACAGAACCUCUUUUUCAUCUACAAGUAUAUAAUUUUUAAUAUACAAGUCUGAAUCCUUUUUCAAAGAUAAACUUUUAAAUAAUGUUUUAUAACACUGAUUUAUUUCUUCAAAUUGAAGAAAUUCUUAAUUUUCCAUGUGCUAUACAUACUUAUGACAAAAGGUAAUAAGUAGUUGAUGCUCUUUACACCUUUUGGAUUCACACCAAAUGGUAAGAACUCUCUCAAGCAGCCUAACUGAUUUUUGUGCCUGUUAAAUUUUAAUUUUUAGUUCUUGGAAGUCAGUAUAUAUAAUUCAUGAAGGCAAGCUUGCCAGUGUUCUGACAAAACCACUCAGCUGAGUGCAGGAAAUCAAAUAGCAUAAGUUUGCAUUGUAAAAUUUUGCCAUAAAAUUGGACUUUGAAAUAAAAAAAUUAGAAAAUCAUUUUUCAAAUGUUACACUUACUAAAGACCACUUCAGGAGCCAGAAUCAGGGGUUGGCAUUAACUAGGUGGAUAUAACUUUAAAAAGCCAUUCAAACAGUUUCCUAGACUAGAAAAUAAGAUUAGACUUCAGAGAUCUCUUCCAUCUCUGACCUUUCUGUUUAUGUACAUCAUUGUUCUAAGAUUUUGUUUAUGUACAUCAUAGUUCUAAGAUUUUGUUGUGAAAACAUGUGGUCCAUUUGAUAAAGAUUCACUGCUUAAAAUGAUUUCCUUACAUGUGUGAUUCUGUAUUAAAAGUAGAUAAGUUCAA